UUGGCGUUUUUUAAGAGCAAUGCAGUAGCGACGGACGAAGACAAAAUGCGUUCCCUAUCCAUAGUUCUCUUGGCUUUAUGCCUCGCAGCUGUCUUAGCUGUGCCCGUGAAGGAAGAGAAGAUCAUCGGUGGAUCCGUUACAACAAUCGAGCAAUAUCCGUUUGCUGCAUCUUUGUUGUACACGUGGAAUUUAUCUACCUACAGGCACGCUUGUGGUGGUACCAUCAUUAACAACAGAUCAGUACUCACUGCGUCUCACUGUUUCGGCGGUAACUCACCUAGCAGAUGGCGUAUGCGUCUUGGUUCCACAUGGACCAGCAGCGGUGGUACGGUUUACAAUUCUGCUGAGAUCAUCAGACACCCUAACUACGAUAGAGUCACAAUUGACAACGAUGUCGCUGUAUUGCGUGCUGCGUCCACGUUCUCUUUCAGCAACAGUGUAAGAGCUGCCGGUAUAGCUGGUGCCAACUACAACCUCGCUGACAAUCAAGCUGUGUGGGCUAUUGGAUGGGGAGCCACUGAGAUUGGAGGGUCUGUUUCUGAUCAACUGCGCCAUGUUCAAAUCUGGACUGUCAACCAAGCUACAUGCAGAAGCCGCUACGCUGAAGUAGGCAUGACUAUCACAGACAACAUGUUGUGUUCUGGGUGGCUCGAUGUCGGCGGUCGUGACCAGUGCCAGGGUGACUCCGGUGGCCCUCUUAUCCACAACAAUGUCGUUGUCGGUGUAUGCUCUUUUGGUGAACAGUGCGCUCUUGCCCGAUACCCUGGUGUCAACGCUCGCGUUUCUCGCUUCACAUCCUGGAUUCAAGCAAACGCUUAA